GUCAGUCCCCAGUUCUUCAGCUACGUCGUAACUACUGAUAUGCCGAUCUUGUUCCACUUUUUCAAAAAUGACAUCCAUUUUAUCCGUAACAGGGCGAUCGGAGCUACGUACAUUUUUGACAUGUAAAUUUCCGGACUGUAAAACGCUUCAACCAAAUUUGUGCUACUUUCACAGAAACUGCACAAGGUCCAUAAAUGUGACAUUUUUUUUAACGGUUUGCGUUAAUUUUUUUAAAUGUAUCUGAAUUCUUCAUUAAAUUUACACAUUUUGACAGUAAGGAAAAAAAAAUGAAAAUCACGCAUUUUCCUUAUUUUAAUUCGAGUUAUCUUCUUUAAAAUUAAAACUUUUUAAUGAUACCGUCAGCCAGAUACAAAUGGUAUAGCCAGAAAGAUUCUAUUACAAGUUUAUGCAUACUAUAUGCGUAAAUAAAUCUUUCGACUAAAUAACAUAUUACUUCUAAAUUAAAAUAAAAACCAGAAACAUUCAAUUGAAUGUUGACAAAAGUAAUUUUAUUACUUUAUUUAGUUUCGUCAUUUUGUCCGUUAGUGUCACGUCAGUCACAUAUUGCGCUCGCGAGAGGUCGUGUGCUUGCUUCUUUCCAGUCCCGCAAACAAGGGCGGAUCCAGCUUUGGCGCCAGGAGGGGUCACAUAGUCGUGGUCAAGUCAUAACAAGUGAAUUUUGAUAAUAAUAGAUACAAAGUGUUAUAUUAAAUUAGUGAAAUUUUGAAAUUACUUAACCAAAUCUAUAUCGGGACAAAAAAUAUAUAAAUACAUUAUGUUUAGAUAACAAUUUUAAUUAGUAGUCCACCUAGGUGCAGGACCUUGCCCAGAUGGGGGUCAUGACCUCUGUGACCUGGAUCCGCCUUUGCCCUCAAUACCGAGAUCUUGGUAUUCCGAGAUUGAAAGCCCUAGUUUUAGCGUUUAGCCCUAUGAUAUUUAGGAUCAAUCGUGGAAACGAUAUGUAUUACUCGUACGAAUUGAAGGCCUAUUCAUUUUCUUCGAAAACGAAAUUUUGUUUAAUUUCGAGAUGGUAAUACGACUCCAAAGAAACGCAUUUUUUGAUAGUGUAGGAUGAUCUAUUAAUAUUCGUGUAGAAUACGAAUAUUAAAACAAAAUUAUAAUAACGAUUAAAAUGUUUCUUACUUUUCGUUCGAGGACAAAUAUAAUAGGUCAUCAGGUGUCAUGUUAAUCCGUAAGAGUUAUAACAAUUUCUUUAGAUGUCUAUAUUUGGUACCUUAAUUACUUUUUAGGAAUGGUGACGUUCAAAAUGAACGCUUUAUAAAACGAUUUGAAUGCAAUAAAUGUGAUAUGAGAUUUGUACAGAAAAGUACACUGAAUGCUCACGCAUCGGUCCACGACCCAUUUCCGCAUAACUGUCACUGCGGCAUCGGGUUCUAUAUCAAAGCAGACCUUCUGAGGCAUCAAGAAUUAGUUCAUCCGACGUAUUUUAAAGAGACACUAGAGAAACUGACCUUGAGAAAACAGCGCGCAUUAAAAAACGAAUUUUGGGUCCCAAUAAUUAAUUACAAUGGUCCUAAAAUUGUAGAGGUCGAAGUGGAGACGUCGAAGCCGAAAGGGCCAAGACUGAAGGCGGAACUGGUCGUGAAAUCAAAAGUGGAAAAUAGAAGACGGAAAAUUAACCACACGAGCAAAAACAUUAAGGGACGUCACCCUUGUUCCUAUUGCGGCAAAACUUUCCCGUAUGUGUGCGUUCGGAAGAUACACGAACGCGUACACACGGGAGAGAAACCUUAUGGUUGCGAUUUGUGUGGUAAACGUUUCAACCAGUCGGCCACUUUGAAAACACACUUGAAUAGGCACGCGGGCGUCAAAAACUGCGCCUGCGACAUCUGCGGCAAAGAAUUUCUUGGCAAAGGUAAUAUGGAGAAUCACAGGAGAAUCCAUACGGGAGACAAGCCUCAUAAGUGUACAAACUGCGGCAAGGCAUUCAGCGAUCCCUCAGCGCUGGCAAGACACGAGCGGACUCAUUCUGGCGUCAAGCCCUACGCUUGCAGAUUCUGCGGGAUGAAAUUCAGUGAUAUCAGCGGACGAAUCAUGCACGAGAAACGGCACAUCGGCAAAAAAGAAUUCAAAUGCGAUAUAUGUCAAAAAGAAUUCUACGAGAUGGAUUCGUUACGGAAACAUGUAAUAGCCGUUCAUAGUGGCUUGAAGAAAUACGAAUGUGCCAUGUGCCCGAAAAAGUACUCGUUGAAACAGUACUUGGCGCUUCACAUGAAGACGUCGCACUCAGGAAAGCGGUCGUCGAAAAUAUUCGAAUGCGACGACAGUUCGAAGACCAAAGAAAGAGGUUAUAUGCGUCGUUCGCAUAUUAAUAAAAAAGAACACAAAUUAAGAGAAUUCCAAUGCGACACUUGCCACCUUAUGUUUUCAUCGAAAAAACUGAUAUCCGAGCACAUUAUGUCUAAACAUUCGAACGCUAAAUGUGGAAAUUGUUCCAAGACUUUUUGCAGCAGUAGUGAGCUCGAGAAGCAUAACCUGCAGGGCUGUUUUGAACGUGAAAUUUGUCCCAUUAAAAUUCCAACUGAAGAAGAUUUGAGGUCGCGUUCUAUUGUACACUAA